AUGAUCGAAAAGACUGGUCAGCUCAUUGCUGCCUUCUCCUUCCUCGCUUUUGUACUCAACAUUCCUCCAUCAUGCUAUCAUAUUGGCAAAGGUAAUAUUCCGGCAUCCAGCUUGAUCUUAUGGCUCAGUUACAACAACUUAACGUCGUUUAUCAAUGCUUUAAUCUGGAGUGGAAAUGAUUUUUAUUCCUCUCCUAAUGCCCCAGGCUAUUGUGACUUGACAGUAAGAAUUAGCACCGGGUCGUCGACGGGUAAGAUAUGUUGUCUUGCAUGCUUGAUUAUGAAUUUGUACUUCAUCAUCGAUGCUGAACACAACAAGUUUCUCGACUCGGGUUCCAAGAGACGUACGUACAUCAACUUGGCAAUUUGCUGGUUAACCCCGGUGUGUAUAAUGGGAACAAGUUUGGUUGUUCAGAGUUCACGAUACGUGAUAGUCAAGUACCGUGGUUGUGUUGCCCCAUACAGCAUCACUUAUGCAUCAGUGCUUCUUGUCACCAUGUGGAUCUUGAUAUGGAGCUUUGUAGCAACAGUUUUUGCAACAUUAACUGUGUGGACUUACCUCCGCAAAAGAAGAGAUAUUAAGGACAUCUUGAAGUGCACCAACUCUGGCUUAAACAUCAGACGUUUUGCUCGCUUGCUUAUUUUCAGCUUGCUCAUUAUGUUCGUGUUGUGUCCAUUUGCCAUUUUCAAUUUUGUCAACGAUGUUCGUGAGUAUGGCAUUUCCAGUUUCAGUUUCUCCGAAACCCACAAUGAGUUGUGGAAUCAUAUUUACAAGCUCGAAUUCGGAAACUAUGGUCUCUCGUCGAGAAUCGUGGACAUUGUGUUGUCUGUGAUCACCUUCAUGUUGUUUGGUAUGGGCACAGAUGCCAUUGAAAUGUAUCGUAAAGCAUUGAUAAGGAUUGGGUUCACCAGUCUCAGAAAGACUGCACCAGAUGUGAUAGCUAUGUCUAGCGAAUUCAAAGAGAGCCGUCACAGUACCAGAGCUACUCAAAAAACUGGACAAAGUGAGGAAACGGCUAAUACCACUUUUGAAUUCUCCAAAUACAAAGGUUUGUUUGACCCUUCUGCCUCAAUAAGCCUGGCUAGAACUCUCUCCAAGUCAGCUGUUGCUUAUGCUGAGACGAUCGUGGAUCCAGAUGACUUGGAUCGUUGUCUCGGAUGCACUUCGGAAAGCAGCCUGAACCUUCGCUUUGAUUUCAACGUUCAACGCCACUAA